GAUUAAGUCUAGUUAAGUUAUAUUAACACGUUUGUGCUUUUCUGCUUAUUACGUUACCGUCUGCUGUUCAAUAUCACCCAUAAUGUGACACUUGCCUACUUUAUGCGAUACUGUACAAUGGAGAGAUGUCAUGUAUGUAUUGUAAAUUGUAGAUAAAGAUGCCACAGACCAGGAAUGGCUGCUGAUGUGGGAGUAAAAGGUCAGCUGCUGGAAAAUGAUUUCAGGGCUGACACCACCACUUCAGAUUCCACAACUGUCUUAACCGGGCUCAGGAAUAACAACACCCAUCUCAAAAUGCACUCUGCUAGCUGUGAUAUCCAGCUGGAGACCAGUGGAGACAUAAAUAACCAAAGUCGCAAGGAGGAUGUUUCCUGUCACACUUCCACAAUGCCCCCUGGCUGGAUCAGAGAGGUGAGGCAGAGGAAAGCGGGCAAGACAGCAGGCAAACUGGACAUCUACAUUACAAGUCCACAAGGGCGGAAGUUCCGGUCAAGAGCAUCCCUGCACACAUUCCUCCUAAAAGAUGGAGAAGGGAUCUUAGACAUAAACCUUUUCGAUUUCACUGCAUCCAAAGGCGACGUCGUCACAGUUCCCUCCCAAGUGAAACAGAGCAGAAGAAAGAAAAAACAUGCAGCUGGACAGCAGGAGCAAACAACAGAAACUGUACUGGAUUCACCACUAACCAAGGGGAUCACACGUGUAUUAGAAGUGUGUAGUGACAAAAUUGAUGACAAACCUUCAACCACAGUGGAUGGCGUCAAACUGCAGAAGAGCCCUCAGAGGGUGGGUCUGCUGAGAGAGAAGCUACUCAGACUGGCUCCUUCCAGUAACCAACAAAACUAUUUUAUUGUUCACAAGGAAGAUCAGGCAGCAGACUCGCAGCCUUCUCACACGACUCUGAAUGUUGAAGCUGCCACCGAGAGUGCGAACGAAAGUGAAGAUGAACGAGGUGAAGAUGAGAUACAGAUUCACGGCGAAGGUGACAACGAGCCUAAUUCUGAACUGGAUGCUAAUGCUGACGGUCACUGGGAUGUGGAAGAGGUGUUGUUACCUGACAUCACUGGUGGGAGCUGCACACCAGUGAGCAAUUCCCAGAAUAAGUCCAAGAGCAUGGAGGACAAACGAAAAACCAGCCCUUAUUUCAGCAGGAAACCCCUCCAGGAUGGCCUUAGCCCACCCAGGAGGAAAGCCUUCAAGAAGUGGACACCCCCUCGCUCUCCCUACAACCUCGUACAGGAGACACUUUUCCACGACCCCUGGAAGCUCCUGGUGGCCACCAUUUUUCUGAAUAAAACCAGUGGCAAGAUGGCCAUACCAGUACUGUGGCAGUUCUUUGAGCGUUACCCAUCUGCAGAGGUGACCCGUGAGGCUGACUGGAAGCCCAUGUCCGAACUUAUGAAGCCACUUGGCCUGUAUGAGCUUAGAGCCAAAAUACUCAUCCGCUUCUCAGAUGAAUAUCUGACUAAACAGUGGCGUUACCCCAUCGAGCUGCAUGGUAUUGGGAAGUAUGGCAACGACUCCUACAGGAUCUUCUGUGUGGGAGAAUGGAGACAGGUGACACCUGAAGAUCACAUGUUAAACAAAUACCACGCCUGGCUGUGGGAGAAUCAUGAAACGCUCGUAAUCUGAAACACAAAGUAUGAGGAACUGAAAGGAAGGCCAGUUGUAGCACGGACGUAAAAUCAGUCAAAUCACAAAAACACUGCAGUUUCAUCUAACAAUGUUAGUAUUUUAAUGAACUUGCAAUGUUAAACCUGAAUUGUUUUAAAAUUAAACAGUGACAUUCUGAACAUAUCAUUGUUAGCCUUUCUGUAAAAUGUUUGACUGAAUGUGUAAUAAAAUGUUUUAAGUGGUUUAAAAGUUUAAA